AUGAGACGCAUGAAUAGUAUAGCCACAAGACGCGAAGUGCGUCUCAAUAUGUCUCUCAUUAUGGCUCUCACUAUGCGUCUCACUGUGGCUCUCACUAUGCGUCUCACUGUGGCUCUCACUAUGGCUCUCACUAUGCGUCUCACUGUGGCUCUCACUAUGCGUCUCACUAUGCGUCUCACUGUGGCUCUCACUAUGCGUCUCACUGUGGCUCUCACUAUGGCUCUCACUAUGCGUCUCACUAUGGCUCUCACUAUGCGUCUCACUGUGGCUCUCACUAUGCGUCUCACUGUGGCUUUCACUAUGCGUCUCACUAUGCGUCUCACUAUGCGUCUCACUAUGCGUCUCAUUAUGCGUCUCACUAUGGCUCUCACUAUGCGUCUCACUGUGGCUCUCACUAUGCGUCUCACUGUGGCUCUCACUAUGCGUCUCACUGUGGCUCUCACUAUGCGUCUCACUGUGGCUCUCACUAUGCGUCUCACUAUGGCUCUCACUAUGCGUCUCACUGUGGCUCUUACUAUGCGUCUCACUGUGGCUCUCACUAUGCGUCUCACUGUGGCUCUCACUAUGGCUCUCACUAUGGCUCUCACUAUGGCUCUCACUAUGCGUCUCACUGUGGCUGUCACUAUGCGUCUCACUGUGGCUGUCACUAUGCGUCUCACUAUGCGUCUCAUUAUGCGUCUAACUAUGGCUCUCACUAUGGCUCUCACUAUGCGUCUCACUGUGGCUCUCACUGUGGCUCUCACUGAUGCUCAAAAACGGUGUACAAAAUAA